AUGGCUGAAGCUGCGACACCAUAUUUUCCACAAUAUAUUGUCAAAGAAGGCUCAAAAGAACAAACAAGAGAAGCUAUGCUUGCAGAUGAAUGCGACUCGUGUAUGACAACAACAAGCAUUUUGGUGAACGAACAAAAUGUGAAGCGGAAUUCUGACAAGGUGGUAUUCAAUGAUGGUACAGCAGCAGGUGUUUUAAGCAAUCUGAAGGGUUGUACACGUACAAUGCAUCUACACGAGGCAGAUGUAACAUUAAAAUCAUCGGGAUUUAUGCUACCUUCUCCAAUUGAUAUAACACCAUCUAGAGUUGAUCCUUUUCGUUCAACUCUUAUGACUUUGCACGAAAAGCCUGGUAACUUUUUACGUGUAUUAAAAAAAGAGAGAAUUGAUGUAACUGGUUCGAAGCUUAAUAUUUUUGGAGCGUCGACGGGUGAUUUAAUAGCUGCUGAAUUAGCUAGACAGGCGGCGUCUAUGGCAACGGAUGCUCUAUUCGAACGCUUCAUUCUUUGGCCAAUAGAUGGCCAACCUAUUCCAAAUGAAGAUUGCAUCCCGUGUAUUGACUUUUCACAAUAUCCUUCUUUGGAACAAUUUGGAGUAUUAUGUGGAUUCUUUAGCAAUUUAAAUUUGGAUUUGGAACCAGAAGGACGAGCUAUUUUAGCUGAACAAUCUUUUAACUUCAGAGUUGCUGGAAGUCAAGAAGGUGUUAAGGACAACGUUUCAGCUCGUUUGAAUAAAACUGCUUUAGUUUGUUAUCGACUUACUGGAUUGUGCGCCUUAGUUGAGGCAGCCUUUGAUAUGGUAGCUGAAUAUGUAGAAGAAUAUGUUACGUUUGGUGCAGGUGAAGCUGAUGAAGUCUUUUUUCAUCGUGCUACCAAAAUUGCUGAACGCAAAUACGGUCCAAUUAUUCGGAAAGAACAACGUUUGAUGGUUGAUGCAAACAUUUGCAAACGAGCUCAUGAUGUUACGGUUCAGAAUCUGGCACAAUAUAUGACUCUUAUGAAAAUACAAGAAGAAGACAAAAAAAAUUGGUUUACACAAGCUGGCCGAACAAUGAAAGCAAUGAUGCGAUUUAUUACACCUGAAGAUAGUACUGAAUUAGCUGAAUCAAAGAAUACAAAUGAAGUUUUAGUUAAUAAUGGGCACAAAAUUGGUUGGCCAUUGACAAGAAAACAAGAAAACAUGUUACGUAAGGCUGACAUCUACAAAGUUUCCAUCUUGCUGCAUCCUUCUUUGGUUUUUAUCAAGAGUAGUCUUUAUGCGAAUAGUUCUCUAAAAAAAACUACGUCGAUCUUAGAAACAAGUUUUAUAAAACCUUUGGUGACCGAUGGCUAUCUUGUUGCAAUAUCUAAUGGUCUUGUUUAUCAAAAAACCAAAGCGACUGUCUAUAUCAAAAUGGUGCCUACUGCUGAUGAAGAAUCAAAAGAAACAUUUAGUACUCGUUUAGCGAGUUUUCGUGAUGCAAGACUCAACUAUGAUACGUAUUUAGCUUCAUGUAGCAAUAUUUCAUUCUACAGUGCUGGUGUAAUUAGUGAAAAAGUGUUCGAGAUCCUUCGAUUAGAACGUUAUCGAAGUUUAAAUAUUGAUAUUUCAUCUCUUGUCCAACGGGUUUCACAUGAAACACAAAAUGAAAAUUUGAUUGAUGAUGAAAGUAAUUCAAGUGCUUCUCAAUUAGUCGUCGUAAAUGAAGAAAUAGUCGAACAACAAUCUGAAAUAAUUGGUGUCGAAACUAUAAUGGUGAGCGUUUAUCGAAACUAA